AUGACAUCAAAUUUUACAUCAUUAGCUCCUUCAAACGAAACCGUUCUUGCAUGUCAUCCUCUCCUUCUCGCUCAAGGAUUUACUUCGGAAAAGGGACUCUGUGACGACGCUCCCUCCUCGUACGUCAUUUCAUCCAUUCAACUCUUUGUUCAUAGUAUACUAUGCAUGGUCUCUCUCAUUGGAUUGAUUUAUAAGGUUCGGAAAAUACAACAAACAGACAAGAGAUCUUUCAACUCAACUGUCCACGUGGAGCACACACCAUCCUCUCCACCCAGUGCACUGACUACAACUACUACGACCACCACAUGUAGCAAUGUGAAUUAUCUUACCGUUGCAAGAAAUCCUACACUCAUGACUACUGGAACCAUCAUGUCGUUUCUUUUUGUCAUGAUCAUGCAACUACGUAUUUUGAUUGGUCGAAAGCGAUUUCCAUGCUUUUUAUACAUGUUGGCCUAUCACUUUGCAGCCCCUUCCAUGUCGACUACUAUUGUGCUGCGAACCAUAAGAGUGGCCAUGUUGGGACUCUUGAAUCAGUUGAAGGUGAAAAUUGGACAACGUGAAUUGGAGAAAUAUUUCAAUAGCAAGGAUAGAAAUACGAUCGAAAUUGUCAUGCCAUUUGUCAACGACGAAGCUCAACAAGAAUUAGAAAUUAACAGUGUUGUGAACACCAGCACAAGUGUUACUCAUCAAGGUCAUGUUGGAUCUGAUGAAGAUCACGAAUUUGAAAAUAUUGAUCUAUCGGAUCCUCCUCAAAUUUUGAAUGGAAUGGUCAUUGACACCAACUCAUGCCCAAAUUAUCACACUUCACCCAAUUCUUCACCUUCCUCUUCAUAUCCUCUUUCUCGCAUGAAUUCAAGCACAACAUUCAGUAUGGAAAGAAAAUCUCAGAAUACAGACUCUUUUUUUCGAAAUGUGAGCAAUGUUCAAGUAGUGACGAAUGAUAAUAAGGUUAUAUGUACCUCCAAAAGUGAGAACAACCUCCUUUCAAUGAAGUUACCUACCUACGAGACAAUUGCAUUGAAAAUGUAUACCUUUCUCACCUCUACCAAGUUUGUAAUCCUAUUCUAUACGGCUACUUUUUUCAUUCAUCUUGUUCUUUAUCUCACCAUUGGAAGUAUUGAUUAUUACUAUUGGACGACACAUGAAAGCAAGCAAGAUCAGGCCUCAAUAGAAAAUAUUCACAAUGCAUGGGUAUUGGAUAGCUUUAUAUUCUCAACCAGUGGAUGUGGAAGUGAUACAUAUAAUUUGUACCUAUUCAUUGCGGAAGUAGUCGUUUAUUUGAUUUUGGUUUUAUCAGUGUCAACAUUUGUCUUGUUUGUGAAGAGAGAUGUGUGGAAGUUGAAGAUGGAAGUAUUUGCCAUCUUCUUAAAUUGGGCUAUUUUAGGAUUAAUUUAUUGUGCACCUUUGCUUCUAAGCGAAGUGUCAAAGUUAGUGGACUAUUACUUUCCAUGGGCCUUUUUCAUGUUCUUGGCAGGAAUGAUUGAUACAUUCAUAUCUGUGACAAUUCCUGUAUUUUUCUUGCAACGUGAAAACAAGUCCUCUCAUGGCAAAGCCACAACCCAUACAACUCCAACUGGAAAUGCUGAAAUCCCAACAAGCGCCACUAAUGAAAUUGCCAGGUGUUUGCAACACCCAGAAAUUUAUCCCCUCUUUCUGUCAUUUGGUGAACGCUCCUAUGCACCUGAAGACAUUUUGUGCUACAAUUUGAUUGAACAAUUCAAAAAGUCAUCCCAGAGAAAUCGCAAGAAGAUUAUUUGCACCCUCUGUGACACGUAUCUUAAAUAUGCUGCACCUUUACAACUAAACCUAUCGAACCAAGACUUGGAAAAGCUUGCUCCUGUCUUUGAAAUGCAACAGAAAAUUCUGGAAGAGAACAAGCAACGAGCACGUUUCUCAAUGAGUACUCUUUCCAGAGGAAUUGAAAUUCCUUCCAAUUUCUUGAACAACCUGCAAUUAAUGUCUGAGAGAAAUCUCUUGGACUUGUAUGAGAGAUUUUAUGAAGAGCACCAAAAGGUAUUGAAGGACAAGUUAGGUAUUUGCAAACUUUGA